AUGACUUCACGUAAUCCGUACAAAAGAGUUAUAGUCCUCGCUUUAGAUGAGGUUCCAACACCCGUCCUCGAUGUUUUCUUUGCCUCGGGCGCCAGUUCAUUGAAAGCAAAGGCGGUCGUGCCGACAGACAGCGCACAAAACUGGGGUUCGGUACUGCACGGCGUUCUUCCCGAGAAACACGGACUGAGAAACGGCGAUGUAGAAGCAGGCAUACCGUAUGAUGAGAAUAGUCCUUAUCCGAGUGUUUAUAAAUUGCUUGCACAAGGCUCCGACGACGUCAAGAUGGCAUCGUAUGUGGCAUGGGAACCAAUCAACACUGGUAUAAUUGAACUUUCGGUCAAAGUCGAUUUUUAUGCACCUCUCACUCAUGAAAAUAUUUUCUGGAGAUGGUGGCUUCGCUUUAAACAUCAUGUCCUCAAGGAUUCAGUUUACGAUCGUAAGGUGGUCUCGCGGGUUGUCGAUUACAUUUGUAGUCCCGAGAACUCGGAUGUGAAAUUGUUGUUCGUUCAUUUGACUGAUGUGGAUGAACACGGUCACGGUCAUGGUUACGGUUCUCGGCCGUAUUUGAAUCAAAUCAAGGUCAUGGACUCACAGAUCGCGACAAUUCUUGAGGCGGUUGACGAGGCGGGAUGGAGGGACGACUCUUUGGUAAUAAUGACAACAGAUCAUGGCGGCAUAGGACGAGGUCACGGUGGAAACAGUUAUCAAGAAAUUAGCGUGUUCCUAGCCGUUCGUGGUAUUAGUAUUAAACCAAAUUCGAAGAUUGAAAAUGAGAUAUCCAACAUGGACUGUGCAGCUUUGAUUCUCAAGGCAUUAGGAAAGGAGAUUCCUGAGUGGUUUGAUGCCAAACUACCCACCGAAUUGGAAUUGCUUUUGUGA